GGGCAGAAGGGACUGUCACCCUUGGCCUGCCCGGAGUCGAACCGCCCAUUACCUACAACAAACGUCUCCCAACGUAGCCCAAAGUCGAAGGUCGACACCACAACUUUUUCUUCUGCACUAUCUUGCUGUGUGAACCAUCAUCGUCAUGCUCACCUCUGCUCGUCUCUCGUCCUGCUUCGCACGUUCUGCCGGGUCCCUAAACGUUCGAUCGUGGGGGGCGACUGGUCGCUUUCACACCACACCUCGUGUUCUCGAUGCUUCCGUCGACCUCAGCAAUAUUGGCCGAAUCGGAGUAGUGGGGGCCGGUCAAAUGGGCGUCGGUAUAGGAUUGGUUGCAGCACAUGUUUCCAAGCUGCCUGUCGUGUUGUUGGACGCGAACAAGACCCAGCUGGACAGAGGGUGGAAGUUCAUGGAUCUCCUCUUGCAGAAAGAUGUGUUGAAGGGCAAGAUCUCUGAAGAAGAAAAGGAGCAGGCCAAGAAGCGGAUAUCGGUCACGACGGACAUGAACGACUUUAAGAAUGUCGACUUUGCAAUUGAGGCUGUAACAGAGAACCCAUCUCUCAAGCGUGAAUUAUUUUCGAACUUGGAUAAAAUCACACCAAAGCAUGCUAUUCUCGCUUCCAAUACAUCGUCAAUUUCAAUCACCAAGAUUGCAGCGUCUACCAAGCGGCCGGAUAAGGUGAUUGGCAUGCACUUUAUGAAUCCCGUCCCCGUCAUGAAACUUGUCGAAAUCAUUCCUGGCCUUGCCACGUCGCCGGCAACCCUCACAACUACUCUGGCGCUUGCGCACGCCAUGGGAAAAACGACAACCCAGUCCUCGGAUAUGCCAGGAUUUAUUGCCAACAGAGUUUUGAUGCCCUACAUCAACGAAGCAGUUUUUGUUUUGCAAGAUGGAAUUGCCACGCGAGAGGACAUUGAUACUACCAUGAAGUUGGGCACCAAUGUUCCGAUGGGUCCUUUGACACUGGCCGACUUUAUUGGUCUCGACACCUGCUUGUCCAUUAUGAAGGUGCUUCACUCGCAACUUGGCGACGACAAGUACAGACCAGCUCCAUUGCUAGUUAAAUACGUCGAUGCGGGAUUUUUAGGCAAAAAGACAGGUCGUGGUUUCUAUACUUACAGUGCCAAAUAGGUAGCUAGAGUUUGGUCAUCAAAUAAUAUAUUAUAGACACACCGGAAUUGCCUGCAUCUUGUACUCUGAUAAUAUUAAAUAUGUAACAAACUGAACGCCCUGGUCUUCCUAACAACAGAAAGACCACCGUUCAAAC